GCUAACUUGGAAUAAUGCUUAGCUAACAUUAGCUAGCUUCACUCGCCGGAGCUUAAACGAUAGGCCUCAGUUUAAUUUAAAAUAAUACUUUAAAACUUGUUAAAGUUAACUACUUGUUACUCACUAAUCGGUGUGAUUAAAAAGUCGCCCGUGUUUAAACGGCACAACGUGAAAUCAUGAGGCAAUGUGAUCCUAUCGGUUCUAGGCCUAGCUUGCUAGCACUACUAGCAGCUAGUAAACAACCAGGAUUUCUAGGGGUAUGUUACUAGGCUGGACAUUACAUUUUUAACAACGCUUUUUUUCUGAUAAACGAUUUCAUUGCAUCCGCCGUGGAGCCCAGUUUUAUAAUAUGACCAUAUUUCCCAUCUGUUUGCCGUCGUUUUGAAGUAAUCACGAAAAAGCAGGCCUUAUUUUAUGGCAUUUUCAUCCUCUAUUAGUUACAUUGAGCACCAACUCUCCUUCCGAACGUUCUAUUCCCAGUUUAGUGUUCUACUCCACAAUGCCUGAUUCGCUAUUGUUGACAAUGCGACCGCUCACGUUGUUUAUAGUUAAAAUGUUAACAACAAAAUGACUCGAUGAACUCGGCAUGUCUGUCUAAUUCUCCAACUAUCUCACAAUGUGUAUAUUUGGAUUGUUUAAAUCAGACGCCAUUUUAAUCUCGAGAAUCUCUUUUAUAAUUAUGUAAAUAAUUUUCCCUACUUUCGAGUUUUUCUCCCCUGUUUCGUCCAACGAAUAUAUUGUAGUGGUAAAAUAAAAAGGGAUACAUUUGUGCCAUUUAGGCGACAUGAAAUUCUAAGCAUCAAUCCAGUCAAAACAGGAAUGGUAACGAACGUUCACAGAGCAUCUGCUAUGGGCUCGCGCUGGUGUUCCAUGUUAGCCAACGUUCUUUUGCCGUUUUUCAGCCUUGGGUAAAUUUAGUCUCGUUCUAUUGUCCAGCCUAGUGUUAAUGCAAAAGCAAUCUCAAUGACUUAACAAGCCAACUAACUUUCCCAAAUGUUCAAAAAUAACGUAUAUAUUUUUGGAAUAUAUAACGUUAACUAAUCUUGAAAUGGGCAUCCUCAUUGACUAAACAACCAAAAACGCAUAAGUUGAUAUUUCGUAAUGUACCAGAAAAUUCAUAGUUAACGUUAGUUAUUUCUAGUUGUUCAGCCUCAUUAAUCCUGCUUUGGUCUGUAAACUUAUUGCCAGGUUUGCCGGCUUCGUGACCUAGCUAAUAGCAAUAGCUUGGUGAUUAGGUUUGCCUCUUCCAUUGGAAUAUUCGUAACUAUCUUGCCUGGUUGUUGGUUGUCAUUAUUAUGUCAUUGGAAAUUUCAGACAAUAUCCACAGGAAAGUUAUUACAUCGACUUCAAAACGUGUGUCUGUGCGUGGCUCUGACGGUUUGUUGAUCACAUGUGCAUUUAGCACAUGGGGAUGUGUGAAACCCAUAAAGUGUCCCCAGUUGCGUCGUCCGAUAAUUUUUCGCGUACGAUUCAGGAGGGCGGUCACUUAUGCUAGCAUGGCAGAGGUCCUGGGUCCGAGCUUGACGUGAACCAACUCAGGAGGAAGCGGUACUCUACUCUAACCCACAAUACAUUUGCCUGAAGAUGACAGACCGCUACAACAUUCACAGCCAGUUGGAGCAUCUUCAAUCUAAAUACAUUGGAACAGGCCAUGCGGACACCAGCAAGUGGGAAUGGUUGGUGAACCAACAUCGGGACUCGUACUGUUCAUAUAUGGGUCAUUUUGACCUGCUGAAUUACUUCUCUGUUGCUGAGAACGAGAGCAAAGCCCGCGUGCGCUUCAAUCUCAUGGAGAAGAUGCUGCAGCCCUGUGGCCCACCUUCAGACAAACCUGACGAUGCUUAGUCUAAGGAGUUCAACUGGCAGGAAUUAGAAAAUGUAGUUUUACUGUUUGGCUAUCCAUCAUGUUGAUUAGAAGUCAUGUUUGAGAUGCAUGAAAUGGAAGCAAUGUUGACAAAACAAUGCAUCAGUUUUCCUUUUUCCCCCACCCAUUUUAUACUUGCCUUAAGAAUUUGCAUUGAAAAUAAACAUUGAAAAGAA